AUGUUCGUUAGUCGUGUCGCGCAGUUGGAGCAGAAGCUGGACGGAAUUAUGUCGCUUCUAGAAUCGAACCAGAGGGCGAAGCGACGACGCUCGUCGAGCGCGGCAGGUUCCGCCUCGACCCCCGACGACGCCUCCUCGCCGCCCACGCCCGACAGCCCCGGGGACGACCUCACCGCCAACAACCCGUGGCAGUUCCGGAACCACCACCCCGACAGCUGCCCCAACCGCGCCCCUGGCGAGCACGCCCUGACCAGCUCCGGCAGCAGCAACGGCAGCGAGGAGCGCCCGACCGCCGAGACGGUCGUCGAGCUCGUGCCCGGCCUGGCGCUCACCUUCGCCGAGGCCGCGGAGCACCUGGCCGUGUACCGGCGUGACUACAUGCCCCUGUUCCCCUUCGUCGUCAUCGAGGAGGGCGCCAAGCCGCAGGAGCUGCACCGCUCCGCGCCGGCGCUCUUCUGGAUGAUUGUGGCGGCGGUGGCGCAGACGUCGGAGGAGACGGACCGCGCGGUCAAGCGCUGGCUGCGGCACCACGUGGCCGAGACGAUGAUCAUCAAGCAGGAGAAGACGCUGGAGCUGCUGCAGGCGAUUCUGGUGCAUCUGAUAUGGGGCUCGUUUCACUUUUAUAUUGACGCGGAGACGCCGCUGUUCAUGCAGCUGGCGCACAACAUUGUGCUGGACCUGAAGCUCGACUGGCCGCCGGAGCAGGGGCAGGUGUACAAGCACUCGCUGCUGGGCGCGGCCUGGUGCCACAUGAACAAGUCGCACCUCCUGCGGCGACGGAAGGAGCACACGCCGGCUGAGAUCCGGGCGGUGCUGGGUCUGCACUACGCGACCUCGGUGACAAUGUCCAUGUUUCGACGGGGUCCCGCCCUCGCUUGGAACAGCUACCUGGCCAAGUGCUGCGACUCCAUCGCGGCGCUCUGCCAGCACCCACUCGACGAGGCGCUGGCGGCGAGCGUGCGGCUGCAGCGCAUCGCGCAGAAGGGACUCAGCGCGCUGCCGGGCACCGAGUACGUCUGGGGCCCGUCAGCGACGGUGUACGGCUACGCGCAGGAGAUGACCCUGAGCCUGACACGCGACAACAUGGACAACCUGCCCUCCUACCAACUCUCCCACACCCCAUCUCCCAUGCUAACUCAAAUCUUUCCAGCCAUGUUCCGGCACCUGUACCUCGCGCUGCUCGUGCGUCUCUACGAGCCCGUUCUCGGCAUGCAGCCCGCCGCCGGCCCCCCCGACAACGGCGCCAACUCGACCGCCCACGCGCCUCUCCGCCGCACCGAGAUGCUCUGGCGGCUCGUCGACGCCUGCCGCGCGCUCUUCACUGCGCGCAACGACCUGCCCGUGGCCCAGGCCGCGCUCCGCCCCUCCACCAUGACCGGCUUCCUCGCCUUCGCCGUCGUCACCGCCUCGCGCGCGCUCUUCCACGCCGCCGAGGACUGGGACCCGGCCGUCGCGCGCCGCGCGUUCGACUUUGGCGCCGCGACGCUGGCGACGGCCGCGCAGUUUGAGCGCGCCGAGGCGUGGGCGCGCGCGGCGGGCAGGAGGCGCCCGAUGCACGCCAAGACCCCGCUGUUCACGCUGUACUCGCAGAAGCUGCGGUGGAUACAUCAGUGGUACGAGGCGCGGAGCGCGGCGGACGGGGGUGGUGCGGCGGGUACGCCGGCGGAGGGGGAGGAGGCGAUGGCGAUGAUCACGCCGCCCGAGGAGGAGGACGUGCAGGGACAAGAGGAGUGCGCGGUGGAUGGGGCGGCGACGUUGGAGGGGCUGGAUAUGCUGGGGACGGAUCAGCAGCCGAUACCGAGCUUCCUGCCGGAUUUUCAGUUUGACGAGGCGUUCUGGCAGGACAUGCUGCUGGGCACGCCGCAGCCAGCGUUUGGGCAGUACAACAUGGGGCACGGGGUUUUGUAA